GUUUUCCACUGUCUUCCACAGUUUCAUAAGCCCUAUAAAAUCUGCAUUCCUCGAUAUAAUGCUGCAUGGAUGGAGUCUGCAGUAUAAUGGUGCCGAAGACUCAGGAGUGUCCAUCAAACCAUAAAGGUUGAAUCCACUGCGCUUGGCUGAAUCCAUUUCAGUGUGUAGCUAAUGGUUUGUGCAGCUGGUGUGUAUCUGAAGUGAUGCGGAGGCUCUUUGUGAUGGAUUAGGGCUGUAAUCUGGGCCACCGCAGAUUACAGCUUCUUUUCGUGGGCUUUCCCCGGAGUCAUGUGACCAGGGGACAAAUGGCUCUUCAUUUCUCGUGGAUGUGGAUAAAUGGAGUGGGCUGAGCAUGAGAAAGCUGACGACGAUGGCGAUCGCUUUUUUCAGACCUUGAGAAUCUGGCAUUUUUACAGGAUUGUCAACAAUCCCUAUAAGGACAGUUGAGAUUACAGCUGGGAGUGUCGGCUCGUGACGGAAAUAGAUUGCUCUGGAGAGGUAACUUAUUAACGUGCUGCCGUCGUCGUCUUGUGCUGGACGUCAUGUGAGCCUGCGGCUUCCCUGCAGGAUCCGCAACACACACUUCUGCUCGCAACCAUAGCUAGCAAAUAGGACAAUCGGCACAGUGAUCCUCACGCUCAGUCACAUCACAUGCAAUCACUUAGUGUCCAGGGAGCUUCCUGUUCACGGGCAGCAUGGAGGAACCUGUCGAGGAGUACACGUCUCCGUUCAACUUUGAGCAGGGAUUGAACACUAGCUACCUCUACCUGUCACCCAAAGAGAGUUUCACUCCCCCUGGCUCACCCGUACCAUCGCUCAGAGGGAACCAGAGGCCAGACUUCAUUCCAGAAGUAGGCGAAGAUGCAGUGGAUGCAGUGCCCUGCACAGCCCUAACUGAGAAAGAGCAAGCAGAUCUCUGCAGUGAACUAGCUAAGGUGGAAGAUGAGAUCCAGACUCUUUCUCAGGUGCUGGCAGCCAAGGAGAAGCAGGUGGCGGAGAUCAAGCGGAAGCUAGGCAUCACUCCACUCAACGAGUUUAAACAGAACCUGAGCAAAGGCUGGCAGGAAGUCACUACCUCCACUGCGUAUAAGAAGACCUCAGAGACCUUGUCCCAAGUGGGUCAGAAGGCAACGACAGCGUUCUCCAGCGUGGGCUCAGCCAUUACCAGAAAGCUGGAGGACGUAAGAUUACAGUCAUUUUCCAAUUCUUUUGGUAUACGCUCCAUACAGCACUCGGCUAGUAUGCCAGUGAUGAGGAACACACCCACCUUCAAGUCAUUUGAGGAGAAAGUGGAAACCUUAAAGACUAAGAUGAGCCCGACGGCAUCGACAGGCGAUAUCGAAGAGGUUUCAGACUCCACACCUGACGGAGAGCCCGUGGUUGAACAGCCAGUGGGAACGUUUCUACCAGAUCAACAAGCAGACUGAGGAUCUAGCCUCAAACGCUCCUCUCUGUUUACCUCCUUCUACUUCACAGCAUAGUUAGUGAGCUUUGCUUUGUGGCCAUUUUUUUUUGUCUACUGGAGUCUGGUUCAUCUCCAGACGGGACGUGGUAGUCCUACACUGGAGCAGAUGUGUCGGGAGUGUGAGAUGAAUGUUCAGGCUGUCCUUCAAAGGUCCCUUUUGAAGAAAAUCUCCUGAAGUCAUUAUAAAAGAUUGAAAUAUAAAAUUUAAUCUGAUUUUCUUUAUUCGUGUACAUUUUCUGCAACACAUCCAACUACUUAAAAUCACCAAACAAAUUGACCAAAUUUCAUUGUCUGUGUAUAGUUAUUUUUCCAUUUUAAAACAAAUGCCAAAAAUGCAGAACAUGAGUUAUGUCUCUAAGUGUGUACUUUAAACAAAAAGAUUUUGCAUAGUAUGUGUAUUACUUUAAUACAAAAUAUGAUCAAAUAGUGACGUUACAAUAUUUCAUUAAUCUUUUGCUUUACAUUGGAUUCUAGUUUUAGAGAGUUUGUGUCAUAAAAUGAGCAUACUUGUGUGCUUUUUGACUGUAUUUCCGUAGCGUUAGGAUAGUCACACCACUGAGACCCCAGUGCCUUUUGUUGCUAAAGAUGAGGUGAUUUAAAGGGAUAGUUCGCCCAGAAAUUAAAAUAAUUUACUCCCCCUUUAAGUUGUUCCAUACAUUUUUGCUGGACACAAAAGAUAUUUUGAAGAACAUGAGUAACCAAACACUGAUUCUAUAGUAUGGAAGAAAAUAAAAAAAAUACUAUGGAAGUCAAUGGGGUCCAUCAACUCUUUGGCUUCUGACAUUCUUCAAAAUAUCUUUUGUGUUUUGCAGAAAACUAAAAAUCACACUGGUUUGGAACAACUACAGGUUUUCCAAACAACAAGUUUGGAGUAAAUGAUGGCAGAAUUUGUCCUUUUCAGUUAUACUAUCCCUUUAAUCCCACUUUGAGGGUGUUUCUGAUGGCUUUGUAAUCGGACCACUGCUGUAGUUUUUUUCAGAUGGGAUAGAUAUUAGUCUCCUAGACUAUAUGACAGCUCUUCCCUGUUGUUUUAAACUGUCCAAUGCAGCCAAAAAUAUGUGUUGAUAUAAAAUUAUUAGCUUUAGAUCCAGUGCAAUGACGUAAUAUUUCCAAGCACUAAUUCCAGUAUUGUUAAUGGAUCUGCUUACACUAAUGCCUGCUGUCAAAUUCUUGAACUACACAUUAAGUUGUUAUAGGUUAAAUAAAGGUAUAUUUUUAUUGAUAUAGUUUGAGUUUGUAGAUAUUAAAGUCAAAUGUAUGAUUAUAGUUAGGUGCAGGGGCUGCUGCAUGUGGUACUUAACUGUUUUUUGUUGUACUUAUCGUUGUUGCAUUCAAAGCAGAUGCAUUAAUAUCAUUCUUGGCUCUUAAUUUGAAUGUACUUUUGUACUUUCAUAUUUCUUGCAUUUUGCUUUGAUAUAUAGAGAGAAACAAAUGUUUAAUGCUUGCUGCUAUGCUGUUGCUAUAUAUAUAUGAAUUUAGACGUUUACAGAGGUUUAAGUUUUUGAUCUAUCAGUCUAGAUCUGAUAGUGAUAUCCUAUAUAUGAAAAUAGUCAACAGCAAUCUGUUUAAAACAAUGUUUGUGUGUUUUGUGUUGCGACUUGCUAGAUGGAGGUUGGAAAUCUCCAGUGCGACCAAAAAUGUUUUAAUGUGUCCCCUUCCGCCUCACUAAUGUCAUACUGUUGUUCAGGUGUUGUAUGUUUCCGCUUUGCUCACGUCCUUUUGAAUAUGGAUGUUGCUUUUUACUGAAUGUCGCUAAUUGGCAUUUGUUUUGGGUAGCAGUUGUAUUUGAAUAUGCUAUUGUUCAUUUAAAAUUAGCACCCUGAAAGACUAGAUUUACUUUAAUAUAAGCAAUUUGUUCCUUGUUCCUUAUGUCCGAUGCAUAAUAAAGUACAUCACACACC